UCUACAUUCCUAUACAAGUUUCAAUUCAAUCUUCUGCAAAAAUUCUGAAAGAAACUAGUUUUUGUUUGUGUUGAUAUAGAAGCGACUGGUGUUGUUUUCCGUAGCAUAAAUAAUGUCUGAUUACUACAGAGACGAGUUUGGUAACCCAAUUCAGCCUACUGAUGAAUACGGCAACCCACUUCGGACGACAGAUGAAUAUGGAAACCCCAUUUCUCACACUACUGGUGCUGGUUAUGGAUCCACAACCGGGACAGGUCUAGGAUCUACUGGUGCUACUUAUGAUUCCACAACCGGGACUGGUGCUUAUGGUAGCACAACAACUGGUACUGGUGUUGGAGGAGGUACUCAUGGUGGUUAUGACACCACAACUGCCUCAGGUAUGGGCACUACUGGUGCUUAUGAUACCACAACUGGGUCAGGUUUGGGUACUACUGGUGCUUAUGAAACCACAGGGUCGGGUCUUGGAGGUACUCAUGGGACUGGAGUAGGGACUCAUCACGAUGAGCAACGUGGAGUUACUGGCAAGCUCGGAGAUAAACUUGGCAUUACUGGUCAUCAUGAUGAGCAACACCAAGGACAUGGUGGUGGCGUGCUUCAUCGCUCUGGCAGCUCCAGUUCUAGCUCUUCAGAGGAUGAUGGGCAAGGAGGUAGGAGGAAGAAGAAGGGAUUGAAGGAAAAAAUCAAGGAAAAAUUGCCUGGUCAUAAAAAGACUGAUGAACAAACAAUCACCACCACCACUGGCACCACUGGGUAUGGAGGGACUACUACCACCACCCCUGGCACAACUGGGCAUACUGGUCAGACCGGACAGCAUCACGAGAAGAAGACUAUAAUGGAGAAGAUCAAGGAGAAGAUGCCUGGACAUCACUAGAUUUUACUUGGCUGUAUUUUUCUUUUGUUUGCGUCUAUUUGCUAGGCUGGUGUGAUUGGGUUUUAGUUCUGUUGUUGGAGUCAAAUGUGGCCUUAUGUUAGGGCGAAGUAAAUAAGAAGCUGCUCGUGUUGUUGUGUGUACUGUGUUUUACUGUGUUGCCUUCGUGUCUAUGAAAUUAUGUAAUGUUUAAGCGUUUGCAU